AUGGGGAUCAUCCUGCUUCUCCUACUCAGCAGCAUCACGCCGUUCCAGGUGGCCGCCGAUGUAUUCUGCGACAACGUAAAGGUCGCCGCGGCCACGCUCGUUAACAAAACCUCCUCUUCCCCGACGCACUUCGCCAUCACCACCUUCGGCCAUGCCCCCGAUGUCGUCUAUGCGCUAGCCUUCUGCCGCGGCGAUAUCGUGGAUGACUCCACCUGCGCCGACUCCGUGACCAACACGUUCCGCAAAGUGCAGAGCCUUAUGCCAUCUGGAGUGGAGUGCUUCAGGGGCUUCUACUUCUACUCCGACUGCAUCUUGCUCUACAGCUCCGAUAACAUGCUCGCGGCCUCCCCAACUACCGUGGGAGCAUUGGGCGACGGGGGGCUGCCCUUCGAGAGGUGGAACGUCAAGAACGUCACCGGCGACGUGCCCCUCAUCACCGGCCUCAUCCACGACCUGCGGGUCGAAACAGUGGAGAAGGCGGCCAACGCGACGCCCAAACGGUUUGCCACGGGCGUUAUGGACAGCGGCACUAGCUUCCCGAAGGUCUACUCCUUGUCGCAGUGCACGCCGGACCUCUCCGCCGGGGACUGUCUGGCGUGCCUGCGUCGUCUCCUCGGCACGAUCAACUCCACCAUGGCCCUGCGCAUGGGAGGACAGAUGGGUGUCGUUCGGUGUUAUUUCAGGUUCGAGGCGUCUAAGUUCUACGAGGGCGAACCCAUGCUAGCUCUUGGGCCGCCAUCGCCAGCUCCAACUCCUAAUGAACACAAGAGUAACAAGCUGUGGGCAAUUCCCAUAGUUCUAGUUCCUCUAGCGGCAGCAGCAUUAUUUCUCUGCGUCUUCUUAUACUCCCGUCGGCUCACAAAGCAACGAAAAGGUAAAGUGUUGCGAUUACAAGGAUUCGGGCGCUUUCAGGGUUCGGAAGGAGUAGAACAACUAGUUUGGCGAACGAAGAAUUCAGAUUUCUCAAUGUUUGACUUUGAACAGCUACUAGAGGCUACAAAUAAUUUCUCAGAAGAAAACAAACUGGGGCAAGGUGGCUUUGGCGCUGUCUACAAGGGCAAGUUUCCUGAUGGAUUGGAUAUAGCAGUUAAGAGACUUGCUUCACAUUCAGGACAAGGUUUCACAGAGUUCAAAAAUGAAGUCCAACUCAUAGCCAAACUCCAGCAUAGCAAUUUGGUUAGGCUCCUGGGGUGUUGCUCUCAGGAAGAGGAGAAAAUAUUGGUGUACGAAUACUUGCCAAACAAAAGCUUGGAUUUCUUCAUCUUUGAUGCGAAAAGAAGAGCUUUACUGGAUUCGUCCAAACUUGUAGCAAUAAUUGAAGGAAUAGCUCAUGGACUUCUUUACCUACAUAAGCACUCCCGGCUGCGUGUCAUACAUCGAGAUCUUAAACCAGGCAAUAUUCUACUAGACAAUGAAAUGAAUCCUAAGAUUUCAGAUUUUGGUCUAGCAAAAAUAUCGACCUCAAAUAACAACGAAGGAAACACUACAAGAAGAGUGGUUGGUACAUAUGGAUACAUGGCCCCUGAGUAUGCUUCGGAGGGCAUCUUCUCUAUUAAAUCCGACGUCUUCAGCUUUGGUGUUAUUAUCUUUGAGAUCCUUAGCGGAAUACGGAAUUCUGGAAACACACAAUGUGGAGAUUUCAUCAAUAUGCUUGGAUAUGCAUGGCAAUUAUGGAAAGAGGGAAGGUGGAUUGAUCUUGUUGAUGCCACAUUGGUUCCUAACAUUCACUUGGCAAAGAUGAUGAGGUACAUUAACAUAGCAUUGUUAUGUGUACAAGCGAGUGCAGCAGAUCGACCAACCAUGGAAGUUGUUGUAGCAAUGUUCAGAAGUGACACUAUGAGCAUUGCUGAGCCUAUGCAACCGGCUUAUUUCAAUCUUAGGGCGGGAAAUGGAGAGUUAGCCACCGCUACUGAGCCUUGUAGCAUUAAUGAUAUAACCAUAUCUGUCAUAAUUGGUAGAUAG